AGACUCGUUUGGUUUGUAACACAAAAUGGCUGCCAAAUUAAGUUUGAGGAAGUAAAUCCGUAAAUAAAAGGAAAGAUCGGUUAAUAAACUAUCUUUUAAGGGAAGUUAAUGGUGAUCAUCAUUUAAAGUUGUGCACAAUGAGGUUCAACAGUAAAGAACUUGCCUAUCUGGGACAACAGGCUUCAAAUAAUUAUGACAGAGAAGGAUUUCUGUUUAUAAAGCAGAAAAAUGACAAACUUUUCAAGAAAGGAGAGGCUUUUGUUGAGCGAUACUUCAGACUCAGAGGGAAUUUACUGUUUUAUUUCAAGGACAAGAAUUUUAAACAUGAUCCACAGGGAGUGUUUGUUUUGGAGAGAUGUACUGUAGAACUGGAUGUCAAUGAACAACAAAAUUUCUCAUUUGUUAUAGUUUUUGAGGGGGAUGAUGAGAUUUAUACAUUUUCUGCAAAGACAGAGGAAGACAGGGAUGGCUGGAUCCAGGCUCUACAUGUUUCCAGCUAUGAGUGCUUGAAGAUGCAGCUACAGAGCCUUAGAGAACAGGUUCAGUCCAAGACUGGCAAGGAUCCUAUGGUGCACAUGAUGCCCUCGGAUACAGGAAUGGAGUUUGAGACCCAGGCUGGAGGCUCAGCCGAUGAUCCUGCUAUGGAGAUUAGUCUCGCAAUUGAUGGUUUACCAAAUGACAUUACAGGGUUACCACCGAACCCAUUUGUUGUUAUAUACAUUAUUGUUCCACCUCAACAACAGAACUGGCUGCAACAUAACCAUACAGAAAUGGUAGAGAAGAACAACAAUCCCCAUUUUCUGAAGACUGUUGGUUUUGGGGAUUCCAGUGGCCUUGAACCGACAACCAGGGUCAAGGUCACAGUGUAUCAUGUUAAAGAGAGAAUGACAGGAACUAUGACUCAGAUUGGACAAGUUAUUUUCACAUUGAAUGAUUUAUUACUUAGCACAGAUAUGAAACUGACCCUUUGUUUAAACGGUACUGAUAACAGUAAAGUUGGAAAACUUAAAAUUGUUGGCUGGUUAAAUGAACAGACCGGAUCUAUGGUAGAUAUGCAGGGAAGUAAUGAAGUUUUUUCAUCUGAGGCUCGACUAACUCGGCCAAUGUCCUUUAAAAGACGGUCAAAACGAUUGGACACGUUAAAGCCAAUGUGUGAAAAUAUUACAACUCGUACAUUCCAGUUUGAAACAAAUGACUCUGUUAAAUUAAUGGUAUAUGAAUACAUGGCCGAGAGCAAAUAUACGUUUGAGAUUCCUAUCAAAGUUCUGAAAUUAUUCAUUGAAGAAGAAAAAUCAAGAAUAAAGCAACUAAAUGAUCUAGGUCAGUUACCGCAGGUGUUAGAAUCCCACGUAGCCGUUGAUAUUAAUUACUGUGCAGCUGUUAUAAUGGAGUACACGGAUACUGUGAACAUUUUGGCAUGUUUCCAAGGUUCUGCUAUGAAGCAUUCCCAUAUGAAAUCACGUAGUAGUUUUAAGCCAAGCAGUAAGAAGGGGGACAAAGAACUGGAAUUUGUACCAAUCAACUUACAUAUGCAGAGAAUGACAGUCCUUAAUGAAUCUACAGAAGCAUGUGGUUGCUAUGAUACAGUAACUGUUGGAGCAUUUGCUGCUCAUGCUCGUAAAUUCCGUUCUGGAGGACUUUCACGUAUGCUUCAACAGCUACAAGAUCAGUACACACCAGAGGGCACUCUGAGCAAGGUGUCAAAGGUCAAACGAGCCUGUCAGCUUGUGAAUAAUCUUCAUCGGUUACAGAUUGAAAUUAUACAAAUUUGUGAUCGUGUAUGCCAAGAAGCCCUACAGGGGAAUGCAGAAAGUUUAACUACAGCUACAUCUGAAUUAGCAGAAAAGGUGAAAGAAUUAGUACACGACUGUGAGAGCCCAAUAUUACAAGAAACAGCCAACAAACUGGCUGAUAUACAUGAGGAGUUUGAAGCUCUAGCAGAACAGAAAACAAAAGAAAACGAGAAAUCUCCUGAGAAGGAUUGGAAAUGGACAGGAAGUUGUUUUGUUAAAAGUCCUACAAUGGAACCCUGGGAUAUGACCCGAGUGAAUACAGAGGCAGCUCUUGUAUGUUUGACAUCAAUGGUCGAGGAUCUUGUGCAGAAUAAAUCCGGUACAAUGGACAGACCGAAAUGGUUAGGAGAUAUAAGUCCAGCUGUGAUGAAACUAAAAAGUUUUGUGGAAAUUGUGUGCCAAAAAGCAACCCACUUUAUGUCUUUCCUUGAUCUCAUGGAACACAAAGAUAAUCUCAAGUUGAUGCAUACAAUAAAAUGUAGACGGGAUGUAGCAUUUAGUCAUGCACUAACAAGUCUAGUCACUGGAUUCUUGGUACAUGUCAACUGUUACUUGGGUGAUACAGCCAUUUUGGAACAGUUAAGUAAUAUAGGAGUCCUAAUCGAAAUGGAAGGUCUACUCAGUUGCCAUAGCGAUGAAUCAGGUAUGUUAGAAGAUAUGGUGGUUGCCAUGGACGACCUUGGUACCGUCACAUUCAGACUUGUCCAAGAAACAGCACAGAAAAAUUCUAUAGAAUUGUGUACAAAAAGUUUUAAGAAGGCUGGAAUUUAUCCUGAUCUGAACAGACAUCACAUAUGUGUUGAAGUUCCCAUGAAGAAACAUUUGUUUGAGAAACUACCUCAAAAAUUACAGUCGGGGUCAGAGGUCAAGAUCAUCCCAGUGUUCUUUAAUGUUGGUAUAAAUGAACAGCAAACUCUUGCAGAGAAGUUUGGAAGUACGGGACUACAGGAUAAAACUAAUGAAGAAAGUCUUGGACGUCUUUUCAGAUAUGUUGAAGAGUAUGAGAACAUAAGUAGUGUAAAAGAAGAGAAAGUAGUGGGAAGUAUACCAGAGUUGAUGGCACAGCUUCGGUAUAAUGUCUACACAAAGAAGAGUAAAAAUGUGGAAAUAUUACAUCUUGCUGCUGAGCUGUGUCGAAAACUUCAUGGAAUCCGGUUUACAUGCUGUAAAAGUGCCAAAGACCGAACUGCCAUGUCGGUCACGCUUGAACAAGUGCAGAUACUACAACGUGAACACGAUCUUGCUUCCCACGUGUUUUCCCAUUCACUUGACUGUUUUAGGAGCGAAGGAGUGCGACGGGAAAAUACCUAUAAAAACAUUGGGGCUCGGAAAUAUGCAUUUAAUAGCCUGCAGUUGUUGUCCUUUCCUAAACAAUACAGACCACCAAAUGGUACUUAUGGAAAUGUUCAAAAUUAAUUAAGAUUUUGGAUAAAAUAAACAAUUGAUGAGCCAAAAUUGUGUAUCGAGAUAAAGUGGACAUAUUAACAGUGUAAAUUCAAUUUGCUAUAAACCCAGUUCAUGGAAAAGUACUUUUAAUACAUCCCUUUAUAUGCCAUUAUUAUAUCAUGUACAAUAUUGAAUUUAGUAGUGUUCUAUCCAUUUUUAUGCCCCGCCAUGUAAUGGCCGGGGCAUAUA